AUGCAGAAUGCUUCUACAAACAUUUUUGAAAGAAUGAGUUGCAAGUCCAUCUGUGAAAUUUCCUUGCUACUAAAUAUUCCACGGUCAACUGUUACUGGUAUUCUAACAAAGUGGAAGCAACUGGGAACAACAGCAACUCAGCCACAAAGUGGUAGGCCACUUAAAAUGACAGAGCAGGGUCAGCGCAUGCUAAAGUGCAGUGUGCGCACAAGUUGUCAACUGUCUGCAGAGUCAAUAGCUAAAGACCUCCAAACUUUGUGUGGCCUUCAGAUUAACACAGCAUUGCAUACUAAUUGCAUGUAAUUGGUUUCCAUGGCUGAGCAGCUGCAUCCAAGCUUUACAUCACCAAGUGCAAUGCAAAGCAUCAGAUGCAGUGGUAUAAAGCACGCUGCCACUGUACUCUAG